AAGCGCGUGAUUUUCUAAACAGAAGAGUAUUUGCGGGAAGGUUUAAAUUUCCGACUUUUGUUUAGUAUGCAAAGUCUUUGCUUUCUUCACAUCUCUACGAUUUCAGUCGAUGAAAGUCGUGAACGGUUAGUCAUCGCAUACGCUUGUUCGGCAAUUUAUAGAAAGAAGGAAAUUUGUUUUUGAUCACAAUGUGAAAGGUGACAACAUGAAGAAGCAGUGAAAUGUUGCGGUCUAGAAGAAACAGACAAAUUGGUAAACGAAACGUCCUGUCAACUUCAAGAGGGCUUCGCUUCGUGAAGCCAGGGCCAGCCACUGCAGGCCCGAGUCUAGUAUUUGUGCCGGUGGCAGCGUCGCCGGGCAACCUCAAGCGUGGGAGCGCCGCAGGGCGCCUGCAGCGCCUGCGGUGCCCUGCGGUGCCUGCGUUCUUAAAUUUAUUUUCCAUUAAUCAAAAUCUCGUGGUUUCAGAACCUUUUGUUCAUUUAUUGAUAGUCGGUUACCAAUAUUACUUUAUUUUCGCUUUUAUUGGUGUGUCUAUUGGCUCGCUUUCUUCAUCUCAUGGAAUUUUAUUGGAGUAUUACAAGUAUGUUUUAUUAAAAAGAGGAUCAAAUGCACUGUUUGCUGUUGAAAUUGUGAGGGACCAUGUGGGGAUUCAUUCAAUUGUGGAAGUUCAACAAUUUUUAACUAAAAUAGACACAAUGCUUAAAGUUCUUUCAACAUGUCCACAUUCCGAUUAUACUUCAAGACAUAUCUUCUCGCUUAUACUCCAAUACAUUGAAUCUUCACUCGUUAAAGGUAGUUAUGUUACGUGGAGAAGGCAAGUGGAAAGAUAUAAAUCUAUAUCUUUGUGGAAGGGCUUUGACUGUGUCGCAAACGCACACAUCAACUAUCACGUGUGUAACUGGACAGUAUUUAGGCCUUGCAAUUCUACCUUAUUUCGCAUAUUUUUAGUAUUUGCAUACAAAUAG